AUAAUACCCACAUUACUGUAAGUGCAGUCAGGAUUACUGGAUUCACACAGUAAACCUACACUGUAAAUCACAAGCCGUGUUAAAUUCUCAGCUUUUAUCUUAUGAAAAGUUGAUGUUUUGAUGAUACAUAGUUUUCAGAAUAUGGAGAAUAUGGCAAAUAUAAAACAAUAUAACUGAAAAUAUAGAAAAUAUAACUGAGCAGUUGACACAAUGGUUAAAAACUUUACUUUUGGUGUGUGGUCAUAUUUUCCUGGGGAAGGGUUUCUGUGACUCAUGACCUCAGUAUUUCUAUAAGAAAAAAGUUUUUAAAACCAUGUUCCUGUUUCUAUCAUAUUUUUAAUAGACGCACUAAAAUGUAGACCUAGAAGUCCAACCAUAGAGAAUAGCAGUAAACCGGUUAAAUGGCUGCAGUGACUGUGACUCACAACUGCACUGAGUUAGUUUUUUUGAAACAAGCUGUCACCGUUAACGGGGCCGCUCCCCGUUCUGCGCAUGUCCUCUGUGGUCCAGAGCCAGACACCGGGGGCUGUGGAGAGAGAGAGAACGGGGGAUCCAUGGAGCGCGUCACAGCACUACUAUUUUCUAUGUCUUCUUGUCCACGAUGCACUUUAGGAUUUCAAUAAGAUGCGUGUGUGCUGCCAGAUAAUCAGUUUCCUCUUCGCCUUAAACUUUUCCUGCCAGCCACUGCGAGCUCAGGAUCCCUCCUGUUGCAGCCAUGCUGCCGAGUUCUCAUCUUGUAAAGACGCUUGUGACCAGCUUGCCACUAUAAAGAGUGAGUCUCGUCUGAAGCAUCUCCUCCAGAGGUUACCCAGUUACUGUCCAGAGUCAAUGACUGAGCUGUGGCAUUGCAUCAACACUACACUUCCAGGUGUAUCCAGGAAGCCAGACAGCUGGGUGGGACUGGGCUGCUGUGAACUGGCUAUCUCAGCUGAGUGUCGCAGGGAAUGCAGGCAGGCAUCAUCUAAAAAUGACAUAACCAAAGUAUGCAAAAAAGUCACAGAGAACUCCCUCUACAGCUGCAUCACCAAAAAUGAAAUGGGCUCCACAUGCUGCAGCUAUGCAGGACGUCACACAACAUGUAGGGAGUACUGCCAGGCCAUCUUCAGGACUGACUCAACGCCCACUGUGUCCCAGAUCAAUGCUGUUAAAGACUACUGUCAGAGCCACAAUGCUCAGCUCCUCAGCUGUGUCAGCAACUUCACCAAGUCUUACCCCAUACGCAGCCCUAUAGACAGUCUGUACUGCUGUGACCGAGCGGAGGCCCCCCACUGCCAGGCAGCUUGCCGGAGAAUCCUUCGCACCAUGAGCACAGAGCAUGAGAUCAUGGAGGGUUUGAUUGAGGAGUGUGGCUCCCAGCCCCUCCCUCAGGAACCCAUGUGGCAGUGCUUUCUGGGCAGCGCCCACCCGCCUUCCCCACCUGAAGAGGAAACACCCCAUCCUGCUAAGAUGGACUCUGCCAAGCUGCAUUGUUGCUCCAAGGCCAACACCUCAUCCUGCAGGGACAUGUGUUUGGAGAUCAGUACUAACUGGGGCAGCCAGACGUGGCAAGACUUUGAUCAGCUCUGUGAGUACAACCCAGUCGAGUCUGAGCUCAUCAACUGCCUGGCUGAUGUCAGAGAGCCCUGCCAGCUGGGCUGCAAGGACCUCACCUACUGCACCAACUUCAACAACAGGCCGACAGAGCUGUUUCGCAGCUGUAACAUCCAGUCAGACCAGGGCGCCAUGAACGACAUCAAGCUGUGGUCCAAUGGGACCAUCAAGAUGCCGUUCAUGAACAUCCCUGUGCUGGACAUCAAGAAGUGUCUGCCUGACAUGUGGAAGGCUGUAGCCUGUUCCCUGCAGAUCAAACCCUGCCACAGCAAGUCCAGAGGGAGCGUCAUUUGCAAGUCAGACUGUGUGGACAUCCUCACCCAGUGUGGGGACAGGAAACGGUUCCAUGACGGACAAACACCAGAGAGGAUCUGUGAACUGCUGUCACCCAUCGAUGAUCCUGAACGCUGCAUCCCCCUCCACAGAUACCUCACUCCCAGUUCCCUAGGUAAUAACAUAAUUGAGGAGGUCAUCCAUCCAUGCAACCCCAACCCAUGCCCCAGCAACCAUUUAUGCCAGGUCAACAGGAAGGGCUGCCUUGAUGAACUCAGCUGUCAGCCAUACCUGUGUGUACCAGGCUGUAAACUGGGCGAGGCCUCCGAGUUUCUGGUGCAGCAGGACGCACGUAUCCAGGUGCCAACUCGUACUGGUCCACCUGGGUGCUACGAGGUGUGCAGCUGUGGUCCCAGUGGGCGUCUGGAGAACUGUGUGGAGAUGAUGCCCUGUGUGGACACCAGCAAGCCCUGCAUCAUAGGUGGACAGAGGAGGAGCCACGGGACGUCUUUCAGGGUCGACUGCCACACCUGUUCCUGCUUUGCUGGUGAUACCAUCUGCUCCACCAGAGAAUGUCUCAGCCUCAUCAGCUCAGAAGACGACCGCCGACACUUCACAGGUCUCCCCUGUAGUUGUCCAGACCACUUCAUCCCAGUGUGUGCCUCUAAUGGGCGCACAUAUCCCAGUGCCUGUGUGGCUCGCUGUAUGGGAUUCAAGGACCAUCAGUUUGUGUUUGGCCAGUGCCGCCUCAGUAACCCCUGUGCCAACAAGUCCUGUCAGAGAAACCAAAGGUGCGUCCCAAAGUAUUCUGUGUGUCUGAGUGACUCUGCCGACUGCCAGCAGUACGAGUGCGUCGGCCGACCAGCAGCUUGUGAUAAGAACAGUGUGGAGCCAGCCUGUGAUAAUGAUGGCCUGGUCCACCCCAGUCUGUGCCAGCUGCAGCAGGCUGGGAAAACCCUGGCUUACAUGGGCCAUUGCCAAGAUGCCUGUAGGAAGCCACAGCCAGUUUGUGGCCAUAACGGGGAGACCUACAACACAGUGUGUGAGGCCUUCUCUGACCGCGUGGCUGUGGACUACGAGGGCCCCUGCCAUGCUGUGGGGGCCGUGUCUGACGUGCCCUCCGAAUCUGCAUGCAGUUUGAUUCCCUGUCCGCCUCUGUCCACUCCGGACUGCCACCCUGUCACACCACCUGGAGCGUGCUGUCCAAUCUGUGCCAGCAUGCUGCAGAUCCUGUGGAACAAAGAGCAGAUGAACACUUUCUCUAAGCUGAAUAAGAACCAGCCGGUGACAGUCCGUGACGUCCUGCACAUCCUGCGGCUUCACGUCUCAGUGCCGCAGUGUGAUGUCUUUGGCUUCUUGAGCAUUGAUCAUGAGCUGGUGGUCCUCAUUACCCCAGUGGACCGGCAGCCAACGGCCCUGCAGGUGGAAGCCUGCAGUAAGGAGGCUGAGAAGAUCGAUUCUCUCAUCAACUACGCCAGCCCCACUCUGGUCUCCCAGGUCCCCCUGUCCGCCUUCCUCACCUCUGAGAUCACGACAUCUUCUAUCCGAUCCUCUGGGGGUGCUCCGCCUUCACCUCUACGCCCCCACUUGUGCUUCCUCCUCGGCCUUCUUAUUGCUGCAGUCUCUGGCUUCCACCAGCUCUAAGUGCUUGUUGUCUCCUUGUAGCCUCCCCCCAUGCCCCCUCGUGGGAGGACAGGAGUGUCAUAAGGUGAGUGUGUUUGGGCAGCCGUGGAGCGGGAAGAGGCUGUGAGCUCAUUGGUCUGUUGACAAUCAUUUUUACUGACUCACCUGCGUGUCAGACAAUCAAGGCGGUGGAAAAGCUAUUAUUAUGGAAAGCUUUUGUAUGAACAGUAUUAUUAAGUGGAUGAAUUAUUCACUGGGUUUCCCUCCAGUGAUGUGUGUGUGUGUGUGUGUGUGUGUGAAUGUGUAUGACCUUUAAGCAAUGUUUGACUUCAUACCAGCAGUGUUUACCCAGCAGUCCCAGCUCUCCUGUGAAAGCUGUCAAAUGAGAAUGUAAACGUCAUGACUCACAAGCUUUGCAUGUGUUUGUGUGUGUGUGUGUGUGUGUGUGUGUCCAUUUGGAUUUCAAAGACAGAAAUAAACACCCCUGUCUGAAAUAUUUGUAAAAUUCCCACACACAUAUAUGCCCUGACACAAAAUGACUGGUGUCACAAAAUCAAGACUUCUCUGUAAUCACGCACUAGAGGAAGUCUGAUCAGCAUUUAAGUGACAUUUGUGAAGCCUCUGCAUAAUCUGUGUCACAGUGCAUGAUGUACUGUAUAGACAUGUGCGGUGUAUAUGGACCUAGUGUUUGAAUCCCUAACCUCAGCAGUGUUAUUGCCGUACUCACAGACCAAGCCAACUCAAGUCGAAACUAAUCCAGCCUCCAAAGUCAGUUGUAACUACUGACCAAACUAAGUGUCCAAAAUCUGAGCAGCUCAGAAACCAAUCAGAAAGUUCCAGUAUUAAGGGAGCCCAGGUUCUGUGUACUGAAGUAGGUCAAAGUUGAUGUGGUGAUUUAGGAUCUAAGACAAUCUGAGGAUAAACCUGAUGACAUGAAGCUUUUCUCCAGAACAAACCUGGCAACACUUUAGCUGAUGUGGUGUUGUGAUGUUGUGACAUUCACACUGCAAGCAGUGUAAAGGAUAACACCUUAAGGAUUUAUGACAAAGGAGCAGUUUAUAAACUGUAAAAGUGUUAUUCUGUAUUAUAGUCCAUUAAGGACAAGUCAUAUGCACUUUACUCUACUGCAUGCCUGCAAGUGAUUGAUGGUUUUUUUCCCCCCCAAUAAACAAUCAUUUAGUCAGUAAAUUUUGAAAAAAGGCAAUUUCCUAGCCCAGUGGAUUCCACCCUGGGGAUCAGCACCCCGCAAACAAUGUGUUUUUUCUGUUCCUAUCUGAAUUACUUCAUGCUCUUAUUUUUACUGUUUAUUUACAGUAUUCUUUGCUCUUUUAUUGUGAAAUCUGAGCUGAUUGAAUUAAACAAUCUGAGAGAAGAAUAUUACUCCACUCGCGAAUCAGACAUGCACCCUGUGCGCAGGGCUCUUAACUAGGUAUUGGUUUGCUUGUUGCAGACCCUUUGUGAGGUCUCCAAAUGUUUUGUUUUGCCCAAAACCCAAAGGUAGGCUAUUGAAUUUACAACAUUAAAAGCCUGAGAUUGAUAAUUAAAUUGAACAAUUAAAGAGUUAGAGAUGCAUGUUAAUCCACUCAUCAACAUAUACAUUUCAGCCAGUUCUUGAAUGCAAGAAAAGAUUUGUUUCUGUUUAUAGCUGCACAGCCAUAUGAUAAUUUAACCUGAAAACAAAUAUUAAAGUUUUGACUGCAAUGGAUUAAAAUCUCAAUUUUUAUAACUGUGUAAGUUGUUUUAAAGAAAAAAAAAAACCCUGAAGAACAAAGCUGGAGAAAAACUCAGCUGGAGGGUUAUGGUUAAACCUUAAGUAUUGGAAUAUCUUAUGAACACCACUUGUAAAAAAAAAAAAAA